GGCCGGGUCCCGGCUGGGUGCGCGGCGGCCGGCACCAUGGUGCUAUCGGUGCCCGUGAUCGCGCUGGGCGCCACGCUGGGCACGGCCACCAGCAUCCUUGCGCUGUGCGGGGUCACCUGCCUGUGCCGGCACAUGCACCCCAAGAAGGGAGUGCUGCCGCGGGACCUGGACCCCGACCCCGAGAAGGCGAAGCCGGGCGUGCUCCGGUCAGCCCAACAGUUUAAUGUUAAAAAAUCUACAGAACCUGUCCAGCCCCGAACCCUCCUCAAGUUCCCAGACAUCUAUGGUCCCAGGCCAGCUGUGACGGCUCCAGAGGUCAUCAACUAUGCAGACUACACGUUGAGGUCUACGGAAGAGCCCGCAGCACCUGCCAGUCCCCAGCCCCCGAGUGACAGUCGCCUCAAGAGGCAGGUCACAGAAGAGCUGUUCAUCCUUCCUCAGAAUGGGGUGGUGGAGGAUGUCUGUGUCAUGGAGACCUGGAACCCAGAGAAGGCUGCCAGCUGGAACCAGGCCCCCAAACUCCACUACUGCCUGGACUAUGACCAGCAGAAGGCAGAAUUGUUUGUGACCCGUCUGGAAGCAUUAUCCAGUGACCACGACGGGGGCUGUGACUGCUACGUCCAAGGCAGUGUGACCAACAGGACCGGCUCUGUGGAGGCCCAGACCACUCUGAAGAAACGGCAGCUGCACACCACUUGGGAGGAGGGCCUGGUGCUCCCCCUGGCGGAGGAGGAGCUCCCCAAGGCCACCCUGACGCUGACCCUGAGGACCUGCGACCGCUUCUCUCGCCACAGUGUGGUUGGGGAGCUCCACCUGGGCCUGGAUGGCGUGUCUGUGCCUCUGGGGGCUGCCCAGUGGGGUGAGCUGAAGACUGCAGCUAAGGAGCCGUCUGCAGGAACUGGAGAGGUCCUUCUGUCCAUCAGCUACCUCCCAGCUGCCAACCGCCUCCUGGUGGUGCUGAUUAAAGCCAAGAACCUCCAUUCUAACCAGUCCAAGGAACUCCUCGGAAAGGAUGUCUCUGUCAAGGUGACCUUGAAGCACCAGGCUCAGAAGCUGAAGAAGAAGCAGACAAAACGGGCCAAGCACAAGAUCAACCCCGUGUGGAAUGAGAUGAUCAUGUUUGAGCUGCCUGACGACCUGCUGCGGGCGUCCAGCGUGGAGCUGGAGGUGCUGGGCCAGGAUGAGGUGGGGCAGAGCUGUGCACUUGGCCGCUGCAGCCUGGGGCUGCACACUUCUGGCUCUGAGCGCAGCCACUGGGAGGAGAUGCUCAAAAACCCACGCCGGCAGAUCGCCAUGUGGCAUCAGCUACACAUGUAGCCAGCUGCACGGCUGCCUCCCCUCCUGGGCAGUUCUGGCUGUCCUUUCAACCUGCUCUUUGUGCCCUGUCCUCGUUCUGCCACCCAGAAGACAGAGACAGACGUGUUGGCAAAGGCCAGGACUCCUUCCUCUCAUAACACUCCUGUUUCUAAGAAAUAAGCAAGGCCAGGCAGUGUGUGGACAUAGGACAUUCGGGUCACACUGAGGGAUGCAAUUUACUCACCUGUGCUACUGAGAGAGACAUUUACCAAAUGCAACUCGUGUGCCCAUUUUACAGGUAGGGUUAGGCCAGCUGUAUUCGGGAAAUAAUGGAUGCAAAGAAGAAUUUUGCUUUU